CGGCACAUGACCGUGGCGUCUAUUAAUCACCUGCGAGUCUGCGUCUUCCGCGCCGUGCUCGACUCUUCUGAGCUGUGUGAUGGAUGUGUCUGAGCUGUGAUAUAAGUGGAGUGCCGUGCGAGGGAGCUCACAGCGAACACAUCUGUUAUGUUUCUGCGCAGUGUCCUGACUACUUUUCUGUGUGCUGCGGCGGCUCAGGCCUUCAGCUGGACCGCCACGCCCUUCAACCCGUCGUCUAUCCCUUUGGCUGUGCGCACGCCGUACCUCAGUGCAUGGCUUCCUCAAGGCGCUGGAGCUGCUCUGAAUGACGUCUGGCCCACGUUC